AUGCUGGAACAACCUCAAAUUCAGCGAUUUUCACCGAUGUUUAUGGAACGUCUACGUGUUUUUGAAGAUCGUCCAACGAUAAUCCAUGGUGAAGCGCAAAAAUCUGUGAUACAGUCUAUAACGCCCAACUAUAAAAGUGUUAGUGAAAGACAAAUACAAAAAAUGGAUUUUGGUUCAGAUUUAAAUUUACCGGAAGCUGUUGGCGAUUAUAAGGUGAAAGAAACACAAGAUCAUUUUAAAUUACAAAUCAUUGAUCCAAAAGUUACCUCAAACGCAUCGAUGCCAGCAUAUAAUCGAGAAAUUCCACGAAUUCAACGACGAAAUUUGGAUUUUCCAAGCGAACACAGUAAACGAUCAUUUCUAAAAUUAGAACCAAUGCAACAAAGGAAAUUACGGGCUGCAGAAACUCGUCCAAUUACAACCAGUGCAUAUUUAACUGAAAGCUUAGAUCGUCAUCGUGACAUGGAGACAUCUCGACUAAAGGAUUAUUUGAAAGCACGUGAAAAUGAUGCUAAUAAACCAUGGGAUAAGCCUCAAUGGCCUGGGCCAAAGGCUACAAAUUCAAACGAUCAAUCACUUAAAGAACUUGCUGAAAUCAAAAAACCUAGUCUUAUUGUAACUUUGUAUUGUGUUAUGUCAAUAAUUACUGUCCUUUUAUUUGUUUUGUGCUUGUUUAAUCAAGUUGGAGCUGAGAUUGUAAGGCUUGGUAAGAGCCAAGAAAACAGAAAAUGCACCACUGAGAAGUACGAGUAA